CGCAAUGGGCGCCAGGUCCGCUCUUCUUAGCGUCGGGUAGUUAUUGUGCUUUCUGUUCCAGAAUAGGAGGGUUGGGUGCAGAGGCUUAUUCGCCUUUCUUUUCCACCUAUAGCUUCCCUGCCUAUGUGCCCUAAAAGCUGCUGCUGUUGCGGAGCCAGACAGUUACUGCUUUAGCUCUAGGAUGCAUGCUCUUCCGCAGGAAGCUUUUCGAAGGGACCAAGGCAAUUGAAAAAACAGUGAAAUGGAAAGCACAUGUUGUGGUCAUCCAGUGUUAUGCUCCUGGUCAACAAUGUAUACAUUCCUGCUAGGGGCGGUAUUCAUUGCUUUAAGCUCAAGUCGCAUCCUACUUGUAAAAUAUUCAGCCAAUGAAGAAAACAAAUAUGAUUAUCUUCCAACUACUGUGAAUAUGUGCUCAGAACUGGUGAAGCUGGUUUUUUGUGUGCUUGUGUCUUUCUGGGUUAUAAAGAAAGAAGAUCGUCAGAAUAGAACCUUAAGAUGUGGUUCCUGGAAGAAAUUCUUUAAUAUCAUGAAGUGGUCCGUUCCUGCCUUUCUUUAUUACCUGGAUAAUUUGAUUGUCUUCUAUGUCCUUUCCUAUCUUCAGCCUGCCAUGGCUGUUAUCUUCUCAAAUUUUAGCAUUAUAACAACAGCUCUUCUAUUCAGGAUAGUGCUGAAGAGGCAUCUAAAUUGGAUACAGUGGGCUUCCCUCCUGAUUCUGUUUCUGUCUAUUGUGGCCCUCACUUCUGGGACUGAGACGUCACAGCAUAACCUGGUAGGGCAUGGAUUUCAUCAUGAUGCCUUCUUCAACCCAUCCAAUUCCUGUCUUCUUUUCAGAAGUGAGUGUCCCAGAAAAGACAAUUGCACAGCAAAAGAGUGGACUUUUUCUGAGGCUCGGUGGAACACCACGGCCCCAGUUUUCAGUCAUAUCCGUCUUGGCUUGGGCCAUAUUCUUAUUAUAGUCCAGUGUUUUAUUUCUUCAAUGGCCAAUAUCUAUAAUGAAAAGAUAAUGAAGGAAGGGAACCAGCUCACAGAAAACAUCUUCAUACAGAACAGCAAACUCUACUUCUUUGGCGUUUUUUUUAAUGGACUGACCCUGGGCCUUCAGAGCAAUAACCGUGAUCAGAUUAAGAACUGUGGGUUUUUUUAUGGCCACAAUGCAUUUUCAGUAGCCCUGAUUUUUGUAACCGCAAUCCAGGGCCUCUCAGUGGCUUUUAUUCUGAAGUUCUUGGAUAACAUGUUUCAUGUCAUGAUGGCCCAGGUCACCACUGUCAUCAUCACAACAGUGUCUGUCUUGGUCUUUGACUUCAGGCCCUCCCUGGAGUUUUUCUUAGAAGCCCCAUCAGUUCUUCUCUCCAUAUUUAUUUAUAACGCCAGCAAGCCUCAAGGUCUGGAAUAUGCACCCAGGCAAGAAAGAAUCCGAGAUCUAAGUUGCAGCCUUUGGGAGCGCUCCAGUGGGGAUGGAGAAGAACUGGAAAGACUUACCAAACCCAGUGAUAUUGAGUCAGAUUAAGAUACUUUCUAAGUGGUACCCAAAUAGUUGGCAGUUCUUACAAACCUUAUUUGCACAUUUUAAGCAUGUAUGAUAUUUAUCUUUGCAUUUUGAUAAACCAAGAACCUUUCAAAAGCAUAAAACUCUUUGCAUAUAUCUGACCACUCCCUAAGUAAUUCCAGCCAAAGCUUAGAGUACCCAAAGGCUAGAAAGUUCCAAGGAACUGACAUAAGAGUAAUAGUGUAGAGACUGCAUUAAUGGCCUGGUACGUCAACAGGUUAUAUUCGCAGAUUAUUUUCUUUGUUUCUCCAAGGUUCCAAAAAACUUGUAAUAACCAUGUGAGCUGUACCCUAUUAAUAUGCAAAUGGAGACCAGUUUGCCAGAUAUUCAUAAUUAUGUAGUUUGCUUGGCAUGCCAUAGUCUUCCCUUUUCUAUCAUCAUAAAUAUCACCUAAGUUGUCCCUUGAAUUUUGACACCAUGGAGAUAGUCAUUUUGCAAUUAAAAAGCAGUGUGACUCCUCAAAAGUUUGUUUGAAGGAUUUUAAUAACUGGCCACAACAUUGAUUUGAAAGUAAUGUCUGUGCUAAAUAUUUUGCCAAAGAAAAAUUUUCAACAAAAUCUCAGAAUUUUAGUUUUUAGCAAUUCCUAUGGAAUUUGAUUUUUAGUGACUAUCUUUUGAUGUUUUUCUGCACCAAUAAGCUUCAAUUUAGGUGAAAGUUAGUGCCUAUUCACCAAUUAUUUAUAUUUUCCAUCACCUAAACCAGCCAUGGUAGGUUUUUUCUCGGCUUGACCACAUUACUCUUGGAUUAUUCUAUUUUGGAGAACUAAUAAGCCAUUUUAAUUCUUAAAUACAACUUAUGAUUAUUAUAUAUUUUUAUAUCAUAUUUUGUUCCUAAAGUUUGAGGCACUGGCUUCAGAAUCAUGCCAGAUUGUCAGUAUGACUAAUGCUGAAGCGUUCCUUUUUUUGUUUUUUGGUUUUUCGCAACCAUGGCAUAUGGAAGUUCCCAGGCCAGGGAUCCUAUCCAAGCCACAGCUUCGACCUGUGCCACAGCUGCAGCACCUCUGGAUCUCAACCCACUGCACCGCAGUGAGGACUCCAAGAGUUCCUUUUAAAAGAGUCGUUUUGCAAAGAAAUAACUUUUAAUGAAAUGUGAAUAGUGUCACUGUAAAAAGAGGAAGGCCAGUAAUAAAUCACUUUAUAGUAACUCUAUUUCACGCUUAAACUGCAUGGUAUUUUUGCAUGUAUCGCAUUGAGUCUGUGAGGUAGAGAAAUCAGGUGAUAGAUAAUUUAAACAAUGAGUAAACAAAAGUUACUCGCCCAAGGCAUACAGCUGGGUGGCAAUAGGACAAGAGUUAGCUUCAGCUAAUAGUGCUAUGUGUUUACAGAGUGCUGCCCUAUAAAUGUGAGCUUUAAGAUGUCAUUUUCGUGUAGUCCAUACAUCUCCUUUCCCCUAGUUUUCAUACAGAUAAACAAAAGAUAAUAUUAUAUAAUCCAUCUGUGAUACUCAGAAUAAUAUAAAUGGCAAGAAUUGGUAGAAUUUUAUAAAUAAAGUAAUUAUUAAAUCCUU